AUGCAGCCAUGGCGAGGUCGCCUCCCCUUAUCGCCCUCUGUCCAUCUGCUCCUGAAACAGAACCCCCGCCGGCUCACCGCCGGAGCGCCACCACCGAGCGGCGAUCACCAGCUGUUCGAGGAAAAUCUGAGCCGGGACGUGGUCUCCGCCACCGCCGUGCUCAGCUCGCUCGGCCGCGAGGACCGCCACGGCGACGCCAUGCUCCUCUUCUGCCGCCUGCUCCGCCUCGGCCUGCGGCCAAACCAGUUCACCUUCGGCACCACAAUCCACACGGCUACCGCCCUCCGCCGCGCGGACCUGGGCCGGCAGCUCCACGCACUGGCAACGAAGAUGGGCCUCCAGUGCGACGUCUUCGUGGGGAGCUCACUCCUCGACCUCUACGGCAAGCUCGGCGCCGUGGAAGAAGCCCUGGAGGCCUUCUCCGCCAUCGCCAACCCCAACGUCGUCGCCCGCACCGCGCUCCUCGCCGCCUUCCUCAAGCACCGGAGACUCUCCGCGGCCCGCCGCCUCUUCCUGGGCAUGCCGGAGAGGAACGCCACCUCCUGGAACGCGAUGAUCGGCGGGUGCAGCAAGAUGGGUCUGAACGAGGAAUCCCUCCUGCUCUUCGUAGAGAUGUGCCGGGAAGGGACGAGGCCCAACCAGUCCACCUUCCCCUCCGUCCUCUCCACCGCCGGCAACGCGGCGGCGCUCAGGCUGGGCCAGGCCGUCCACGCUUCUGCCACCAAGCACCUCGGCGACCCAGCAGACGUCUUCGUGGGCAACGCCCUCAUCAGCUUCUACUCUAAAUGCGGCUCGCCGGAGGACGCCCUGCUGGUCUUCCGUCGCCUCCGGCGGCGGAAUCUCGUCACGUGGAACGCCAUCCUCUGCGGGCACGCGCAGAACGGCCGGGGAAGGGAAGCUCUCGCUUUGUACAACACGAUGAGGGAGGAAGAAGGCUAUGAGCCAAACGAGGUCACCCUCCUCGGCGUGCUCUCCGCCUGCAGCCACGCCGGCCUGGUGGACGACGGCCGCGCCUGCUUCCGGCGGGCGAAGGAGGAGACGCCGCAGAUGCUCCGACCAGAGCACUACGCCUGCAUGGUGGACAUGCUCGCUCGGCACGGGAGGGUGGCGGAGGCGCAUAGGUUCAUGGCGGAGGAGACGCCAUUCCGGCCGGGGAUCGGGUUCUGGAAGGCGGCGCUGGGAGGGAGACUGGUGCAGGGCGAGCAGCGGUGGGCAGAGGCAGUGGCGGGGAGGAUCGAGGAGCUGGGCCCUCCGCCGGACGCCGCCUCGUGGGUGCUCCUCUCCAACGUGUAUUCUGCUGCCGGGAGCUGGCGGAGGGCGGCGGCGGUCCGGCAGGAGAUGAAGGAGAGGGGCGUGAAGAGGAGCCCCGGAUGCAGCUGGAUCGAGGUGGGCGGCCGCGUGCAGGUCUUCUUCAAUGGCGACCGAGCGCAUCCCCUGGCCGAGGAGAUCUACGCUGUUCUUGACUUAUGCCUGAGCAGCAGCAUCAUCUGA